CAGUCAGGUUCCGCCCCCCUCCCAUCCAGCUCCAAGGAAGGAAGGAGGAACUGCAUGAGCCGCAUGUGUCACUUCCAGUAUGCUGCUGCAAACCCGUGCUGCUGCUGCUAUGUGACUGCUUUGGACUAUCUUAGCUGGUUUUGCGGUUGGUGGGAAGUAAGGUUUGAAAGUUUGGAAUCCUAGCCGGUGAUUCGGGGGUCGUGGGGCGCAUUGGGAAAGGUGGUGCGAGUGGUUUCGGAAGUGGAGCGUGGCAGAGAAAAGGAAAAGAGGGGGGGUUUUCUUUAGCUGUGUGAUACAAGAUAGCUCGCUUCGACGGGACUGACGUAGAAUAUGGCGGAGCAUCACCCGGUUUCCGACAACAGACACAAAUCCUCACUCAACUCCGGAGCGUCGUACUCGGGGAAUGGGCGCAGCAGUACGGCGGUGGCGGAGAGAGGAGACAGCAACGCCGGGGAGGCGGCAGGAGGAGUAGGAGGAGGAGGUCUGUCCGGCGGCCUGUCGCAGCCGGCAGGGUGGCAGUCCUUGCUGUCUUUCACCAUCCUGUUCCUGGCUUGGCUGGCCGGCUUCAGCUCCAGGCUCUUCGCUGUCAUCCGCUUUGAGAGCAUCAUCCACGAGUUUGACCCCUGGUUCAACUACAGGUCGACUCACCACCUCACCACCAAUGGCUUCUACGAGUUCCUUAACUGGUUCGAUGAAAGAGCCUGGUACCCUUUGGGUAGGAUAGUCGGGGGAACGGUGUACCCAGGCCUGAUGGUCACAGCCGGCCUCAUACACUAUGUGCUGAACCUUCUGCACAUCAGCGUCCACAUCCGGGACGUCUGCGUGUUCCUGGCUCCCGUGUUCAGUGGCCUGACCUCCAUCUCCACGUUUCUGCUCACCAAGGAGCUGUGGAACCAGGGGGCGGGGCUUCUCGCUGCCUGUUUCAUCGCCAUAGUCCCCGGUUACAUCUCCCGCUCCGUUGCCGGCUCCUUCGACAACGAGGGAAUCGCUAUUUUUGCCCUGCAGUUCACAUACUAUCUCUGGGUGAAGUCAGUGAAGACCGGAUCAGUCUUCUGGACCAUUGGAUGCUGCCUUUCCUACUUCUACAUGGUUUCAGCUUGGGGCGGUUACGUGUUCAUCAUCAACCUUAUCCCCCUUCAUGUGUUCGUCCUGCUGCUCAUGCAACGCUUCAGCAGGAGAGUUUACAUAGCCUACAGCACCUUCUACAUCAUCGGCCUGGUCCUGUCCAUGCAGAUCCCCUUCGUGGGCUUCCAGCCAAUCAGGACCAGUGAACACAUGGCUGCAGCAGGUGUGUUUGUGCUGCUUCAGGUCUACGCCUUCCUGCAGUACCUGAAGGACAGACUGACCAAGCAGGAGUUCCAGACUCUGUUCUUCCUGGGGGUCUCUGUGGCGGCUGGAGUGGUGUUUCUCUCUGUCAUCUAUCUCACAUACACAGGGUACAUCGCUCCUUGGAGUGGACGCUUCUACUCCCUCUGGGAUACUGGCUACGCUAAGAUCCACAUUCCCAUUAUAGCCUCCGUGUCCGAGCACCAGCCCACCACCUGGGUGUCCUUCUUCUUCGACCUUCACAUCCUUGUCUGCACCUUCCCUGCAGGCCUCUGGUUCUGCAUCAAGAACAUCAACGAUGAACGCGUCUUUGUGGCCUUGUAUGCCAUCAGCGCUGUGUACUUUGCCGGUGUAAUGGUGCGUUUGAUGCUGACUUUGACCCCGGUGGUGUGCAUGUUGUCGGCGGUGGCCUUCUCCAGCGUCUUUGAACACUACCUUGGAGACGACCUGAAGAGGCAGAGCCCGCCUGCAGAGGACAGCAGCGACGAGGAUGACAGGAAGAACGCCGGAAACCUUUACGACAAGGCCGGGAAGGUACGGAAACACGUGUCGGAGCAGGAGAAAGCAGAGGAGGGUCUGGGUCCUAACAUCAAGUCCAUUGUCACCAUGCUAAUGUUGAUGCUGCUCAUGAUGUUCGCCGUGCACUGCACAUGGGUCACCAGCAACGCCUACUCCAGCCCCAGCGUGGUGCUGGCAUCGUACAACCAUGACGGAUCUCGUAACAUCCUGGACGACUUCAGAGAGGCCUACUAUUGGCUGAGGCAGAACACAGACGAGCAUGCCAGGGUGAUGUCCUGGUGGGACUACGGCUACCAGAUAGCGGGGAUGGCGAACAGAACAACGCUGGUGGACAAUAACACGUGGAACAAUAGUCAUAUAGCGCUGGUGGGCAAAGCCAUGUCCUCCAAUGAGAGUGCAGCCUAUGACAUCAUGAGGUCCCUGGAUGUCGACUACGUCCUCAUCAUCUUCGGAGGCGUGAUCGGAUACUCCGGCGACGACAUCAACAAGUUUCUGUGGAUGGUGCGCAUCGCAGAGGGAGAGCACCCGAGGGACAUCAGGGAAAGUGACUACUUCACCCCGCAGGGAGAGUUCAGAGUGGACAAAGCCGGCUCCCCCACCCUCCUCAACUGCCUUAUGUACAAAAUGUCUUACUACCGCUUUGGAGAAAUGCAGUUGGACUUCCGGACGCCACCCGGCUUCGACCGGACACGCAACGCUGAGAUCGGGAACAAGGACAUAAAGCUGAGGCACCUGGAGGAGGCCUUCACCUCAGAGCACUGGCUGGUCAGGAUCUAUAAGGUGAAGAAGCUGGAGAACAGAGACCGGGUAGAGCACAAGAUGAGGAGCACCGACACCACCAAGCAAAAGUACACCUCCAAAAAGACCGCCAAGAGGAAGCGUGGAUACAUCAAGAACAAGCUGUCCCUGAGAAAGGGCAAGAAACUGAGCAAGAAGUCUUUAUAGAGCGUCCGGCACCAACAGAGGCACACUGUGGACGGGAGGGAGAGAAAAACAUAAAACUUUCAACAAAAACAAGCAGCAACAGAAAAUCCACCAAUCAAGAUGAAGAACAAGAACACCUGAGUUCUCCAGCCCUGUCUCCCUGCCAGCCUCACCUGGAGGUCCAGGCUGGACAUGUUUCCAUCAACCAGGAGAACCUCCUCUGACCUUUGACCAUAAGCCGGGUCGAACGGGAGACGUUGGCUCGUCCGAGAUCCUCCCACACUGGUUUUAAUCUGAGGAACUGUGACCUUUGACCCGCUUUUCUUUUUGUACUUGAAUGUGAUAGGAGACGAAGAGAGCGAGAGAGAUUAGCUGUCCUUAAUACAGGGGCUCAGCGGGGGACAGUUAACGCAUCGUUCAGAGAGAGGAACAGAUGUUUGGGGGGCUUGUUCUACCUUGUUCCUAAACUCAGCCCGGACACCCUUAAAGAGCAGAGUCAGGGUGAGUGACGGUGUUUCCCCUUCACUUCUUGAUCAGUCAUGAAUGUAACGGGAAAGCAGGCGACCUAUUUCUCUGUUACAUCGUACCUGUCCACUACCCUGCUUCUUUACUGACGCUGAGAUUGAAAGUCUGGAUGUUGAAGCAGUCUGUUUUUAUUUCUUUCAUUUUUUCGACUUCCCCCCAAGAGAAACACCUCUCACUGCAUCUCUGCCAGGACAUAUCAGCGAAAACUAAACUGCACGGGUGGCUUGAAGGAUAACUCAGAGCGGUUAGCUUGGUGUUUUUAUCGUUGCUUCUCUGAAAUAAUCAAACAUCACUCACUAAGGUGGUAAAUUAACUCAAUUAGAAAGAAAGUAGAGACAAGAAACACGACUCAGCAGCAUUUAAAAAACACUUGUAGAAGAAAAGUAAACAUUGAUCCCAGUUAGCUAACUUCAUGCUGCUGAAGACUUCUGAUACUUCUUCUCCCCACAGUAGAGUAACACCUCACGCCUGAACCACACGUAAAAACUCAGGACUCACACCAGAGACGGCUCUUUAUGAUCUUCAUCAACAAAACAUUAAACCACAUCUAAGAUCUUUAUCUAACCCUCGCACGAUCACAGUGAGGUUCUAACACUGAAAGCAUCUGUCACCCAAGGGUCUGGACUCCAUGAGGGAGGUUGUGAGAUGCCUUCCAAAAAUGAAUACACGUUCUGAAUUAUUUAAAAUAGCAUACUCUAUCAAUUAUUAUAAAAACAUGUCGCUAAAUCGGAGAUAAAACCACGCAUUUUGAUAAAUGUAAUCAAUCUACUUCUUUCCUUUGUGUCACAUGACCCCUGAGGGACUUAUGUUGCAGCAUAAAGCAGCACAGAGAACACAUCAGACCUGCUUCAUGAAGCAAGCUAGGCUUCAGGCCAGGAUAAAACUCGGAUACCACCUUUGUGCUCAUUAAAUAUCGCAAAUCAACUCAAAUCCAGUAAAAUGUGCAGGUUUUUGAAUCGGCUUAUGGCUGUAACAUUGAACCACAUCAGGACGAUGGGGAUCUCCGGUCUUUGGUACCGUUAUUUUGGGGUGGUGGGAACCCCGACGUAACAGACUCCUGACAGAAGACACAGUCUGAUGAUUCAGUCCCUCCAUGAUGAUUUUUGCACUUUCAGACUUGUCAUCUCAAUAAUGCGAUGGAGUGAGAACAGUGUGCCGUCUUCUCGACUCUGCAGAGUGUCUUCUGUGGAUUAUUAUUUAAUAAAUAAAGACGGUAAUCCUUCAAAAACAAACGCACAUGCAGAGAAAAAGAAACAUCACAUUAUUCGGACCCAAGACCCAAGUCUAACCAACCAGAGUUAUCCUUUAAGCCGUGUGAGUUCUUCUUAUCUCUUAUAUUAAUUUAUUAUUGAUCAGCACUGAACUCAGAGUAGAGCCAGCCUAUAAGGGGGGGGAGGGGGGGGCAUCUGUUGCAGCGCAGUGGUCUUUACAUAUCUCUGCAGGGGAAGCCAGGCCGUGACUUCAGGUCUGCAUUCAUCACUCAAUGAUUAUUAACGAAUGAAUGUGUCGAUCACUCAGCCUGUAACACUUCAGAGAACAGGACGUGUGCCCGUGUGUGAGCCAGCUGCAUGUGAGGUGGAUGUGUGUCGCUUUUUAAUAAUCACUCUGGCUGCAGGACGAACCGAAUCCUGGAUGAGAUUGUUAGAGAAAUCACUUGGGAGUCACUUCUACUUGAGAUUAAAGAGGCCUGAGUAGUUUCCCUUCAGUGUGAUUAUCAGAGAGUCAUUUGAAGUUAAUUUAGUCGUAUCAAACACGUUCAGCUUCGUCAUUCAGGAGGAACAGCGUCGGUCCGAAGCGUGUGUGUUGAGGUCAGUUAAGUCAGUGUGUCCACCUGCUUCUCUUUCUGUUCCUCUGCUCUGUGAAGAGACUGUUCCUCCUGCACAGGUACAACAGCAUCACACACACUCUGCUUCAAACACCCGCUCCCUCAUGGGUUUAGGGUAAUGUUCUGACUUUGAGACGUUUCACAGCCAAGCAUCCACCUGAUUAUUCUCUUUUAAAUCUACAACGUGAUUCAGAAACUAAUCAUCUCCCUCUGUGAACAAAUUCUUCUUCUUUAAUCAAACCCACUUCACUCUUGACUCUUAAAGAUAUUCACAGAAACAGGUUCUUCCUACGUAAGCAUUUCUGUCCAAGGAACACCGACUUCAUCAGAUCCAGGCCUUAACACAGACCGGUCUAUACCCGAUACUUCUCCAGAGUUUGAAGAGUGUAUUUAUUACAUGGACGAUGGAGGCUGCAGUGACUCGUGCUAACGUAGCGUCCUAUCACAAAAAUGCAAGGAUUUUAUUUGCUUUUGAUUUUCAAGGUUUCUUCCAUCAAUUGUAAUGAUCUGGAUGCAGGUGUGAGAAUGAAACAUGCCUUUUUGAAUAAAGAGGUUGAAAUAA